AUGCGGAUUCUAUUUAUACAUUUCGCAGUUUUAUUUACAUUCUGUCUAUGUUCAAAUAUUCCAUCUUCGGUUUUGGAGUUGAAUGAGAAAUUUGUGGAGGUCAAAAAUGAGGGAAUGUGGUUUAUUGAGGUGAGAUAAUGAAACUUUAAUUGAUUUUUCAUAAGAACUUUGUUUGUAGUUUUAUGCUCCAUGGUGUGCACAUUGUAAACGUCUUCAUCCAGUUUGGGAUCAAGUUGGACAUACAUUAGCUGAUACAAAUCUACCGAUCCGGGUGGGAAAAUUAGAUUGCACUCGUUUCCCGUCAGUUCCGAAUUCUCUUGGAAUCAAUGGAUAUCCAACACUUAUUUUGUGAGUUUUUUUUUUGAAAAUUCUCUGCGAGACCUCCAAAAAUGUUUGCGCCUUUGAUUUUCAACCCAUAACUUUUUUGAGAAUGUGUUUCAGAAACAAGUAAAUAGUUUUCCUAAUUCAUCUUGAUGUGAUUCAGAGUUUGUAAUUUCAUCUCUUCUCUUGGAAUAAGUGUAGUAGAAGCCUUGGCGUUUUCUUGUAGAAAAACGUGAAAAACUGGAAUCGCUGCGAGACCUCACCCUUUCGAAAAAUGUGUGCGCCUUUGAUUUGCUCAGAAUUUAGUUUAACUUUUUUGAGAAUGCGUUUCAGAAACAAAGUAAAAAUUUUCCUGAUUCAUCUCGACGAGACGAAUCAGAUGGUAUAUUCAGCGUUUUCUGAAAAUGCCUCUAACAUGUUGAGAAUACGUUGAAAAUCCGCUGAAAUCACCAACUAAUGUGUAAACACCGCGACGCACAAAUGCACAAAUUUGUGUAUACCGUAGUGAAAAUUAAUUUUAAAAAAUCAGAAUUUCUAUGUUCAGCUUCCGAAAUGGUAAACGUAUUGAUUAUCGUGGAAGUCGUGAAAGAGAUGCUCUUGUCUCAUUUGCUAAAAGAUGUGCAGCCCCAACAAUUGAAAAAAUAACACGUCGACAAUUGGAUAAAGUAAAACUCGAUUCUCGAACCGAUCCAUCUUUCAUAUUCUAUGGAAAACCGAGCGGCGCUGAAUACGAAAAAUUCCAAGAAAUCUCCAAUAAAAUGUUUUCGCUGGUCCGAUUUUAUAGUUUAUCAGAAGACAAGGAAAAUCAAGAGGGAUUCAAGACAAGAAUUUGUGUUUUGAAGGAUAAUGCUGAAUUCGAAUUUGUUGGGAAUGUUGAGGAAUUGGAACAUUGGGUGAAUAGAGAAAGAUGGCCUGGAUUUGUGGCGGCUUCUUCGGCGAAUUUGGCGGAAAUUGGGGCAAGUGGGAAACUUGUUGUUUUGGCGGUAUCAAAUGAGGUAUUUUGCAAAUUUUUGUGUGAUUUAAAAAAAUUAAAUUUCAAAUUUUUAGCUGGAAAAAUACAACACAUCAUCGGAAAUUCAAAAAUUCCACUCUCUGGUUGAAAGUGCGUCAAAAGAAUUGCGAAAAGAUCGAAAACUUUGGGAACGUUUUCAAUUUGCAUGGCUCGAUGGAUCUGAUUUAGCGUCACAAAUUCAAAUGACAACCAUCAAAGCGCCGCAUUUGUUUGUCUUCAAUUAUACAACUUAUGAAUAUUAUUUGACAGAAGAUGAGCCUCAAAAAAUGACGAAGAAUUCGAUUUUGGUUUUUUUGAAACAACUUGCUGAAUCUGUUGACAAGGGAACUGUUGUUGCGUUUGGUGGAAGAGAUUUGUUUACAAGAAUAAAGAGAAUGGUUUUCGAGUUUUAUUGGAAUAUUGCACAAAUGUUUGCCACGCAGCCACUUCUUUCGAGUUGUCUUUUUGGAGUUCCGAUCGCUUUUUUGAGUAUUAUUUGCUACAGGUUUGCUGAUUCUUUUUAGAAAAAAAAAAUAGAAUAUUCCUAAACUAAAAAUUUUCAGCAUUUGUUCUGCUGAUUUUUCCGUUGAUCGAGAUGAAUUCUAUCCAGAUGACGAAGAUCCUUUGUUAGACGAUGAAGAGGAAAGUGAAAAAGAAGACGAGGAGGAAUAUGAUGAGAAUCAUGAAAAAGCUGAAUAA